UACAGUUCCUCGACUGGUUAUAUUGUUUACAUCAUGUCCCAAAGCACCGACGCAUGCAAGUAUUCUUUAUGAUCUAUUAAAAAAGAAGGAAUAAAUAUCAUAAAUAUAUAAUGGAAGUUCUUGAAUUAAAAGACAUAAAAGCUGUACCUGAUAUUAUUCAUCUUUAUCCAGAUACAGUAAAAUGCGAAGCAACUCCGCUUGUAAUUGAUAAUGGAUCGUACAAUUGUAGAGUUGGUUGGGCUACUGAAAAAGAAUGCCAAUUAAUAUUUAAAAAUCUUAUUGCAAAACCACGCAAGGAACGUGGAAAAAAGGACGGUGAACCUCAGGUUGGAAAUGACAUAGCUAAUAUCGAAGCUGUUCGAUUUCAAUUAAAAACACAGUUUGAUCGAAACGUGGUAACGCAUUUUGAAGCACAGGAACAAAUAUUUGAUUACACGUUUACUCAUAUGGGAAUAGAUACAGAGGGUGCGGUAAAUCAUCCUAUUAUUUUAACAGAAGCGUUUCUGAAUCCUAAUUAUUCCAGAAACUUGAUGGCUGAACUUUUAUUCGAAUGUUACAACGUACCUGCGAUAGCAUAUGGAGUGGAUUGCUUAUUUUCUUAUCAGCAUAAUAAUUGUCCACCGGAUGGUUUAAUAAUCAGUAUUGGAUAUCACACUACGCACAUAAUACCUAUAUUAGAUGGUAAGGCAGAUCCUGUAAACUCAAGAAGGAUCAAUGUUGGUGGAUAUCACAUUACGUCCUACAUGCACAGGUUGCUUCAACUUAAAUAUCCAGUACACGUAAAUGCAAUUACACCUAGUCGAGCAGAGGAAUUAAUACAUGAACAUUCGAUGAUAGCUUUAAGUUAUCAAGAUGAAAUUUCUAAAUGGGCGGAUCCAGAUCAUUACGAUACAAAUGUAUUAAGAGUUCAAUUACCCUAUGUUGCUCCUGCAAAUACUCCUGGUCUAACAGUCGAGCAGCAGAAGGAAAGGAAACGCGAAUUAGCUAGAAGAUUAAUGGAAAUCAACGCCAGAAAAAGAGAAGAGAGAUUAGCAGAAGACGAAGAACAACUAAAUCAAUUAUUAGCCGUUCAAGAUUUAUUAGAAGAAGGUGAAACGGAUGAAUUUGAUCAAGCGUUAAAAACUUAUUCUCUCGCAAAUGAGGCAGAUCUGAUAAAAAUGAUUAAUAAUCUGCAAGCAAAAGUAGAAAGAACCAGACAAAAGAUAGUAGCGGCUAACUCGCAAGAGGAGAAUAUCGCGAUGGAAGAACAAAAACCAAAAAUAAAAUCGAGUUUGCAACCUAAAGAUCAACAAGAUUUUGACGAAUGGAUCGCUGGUGUUCGAAAGAAAAGGCAAGAAAUAUUAGAAAGACGACUGGCAAAAAGACAACGUAGACAAGAUAUGGCGAAACGUAGAACAGCUGCUGCACAGGAAAGAAUGCGCAUAAUAAGCCAAUUGGCGAGAAAAGAAAAACGCGAUGAUGAUUUUGGUAUGAGAGACGAAGAUUGGGAUGUUUAUAAAGUUAUAAAUAGGGAAGGUGGAGAUUCAGACUCGGAGGUAGAACAAGAAAAGCUUAUGGAAUUGGAAGAUGUACUACGACAUCACGAUCCAGAAUUCGAUGGUGCUGGAUCUAACGUUCCUAUGAUUCCUGGAGAAACUCAUCAAUUACACGUGGGGGUAGAACGCUUGAGAGCUCCGGAAGUAUUAUUUCAACCAUCGAUGAUUGGUUCAAUGGAAGCUGGCAUUGCAGAGACAAUCGAUUUCGUUUUGAAGCUUUAUCCGCCCGAGCAGCAGACGCGACUCGUGGGAAAUAUAUUUCUCACGGGUGGACCGACAAGAUUUCCUGGCUUACUCGAAAGAUUGAAUCGUGAACUUCGUGAAAUACGACCAUUUGGAUCGAGUUUUCGAAUAAAUAUUGCAAAAAAUACCAGUCUAGAUGCAUGGUAUGGCGCCAGGGAUUUUGGCUUGAAUGGAAACCUUCCUGAAUUCUUAGUGAGUAAGAAGGAAUACGAGGAAAGAGGUGGUGAAUAUUUUAAAGAACACUUGAGCAGUAAUACUUACACCCGUUCUCCUGAUCCUUUACCUACGAUACAGACACCUGUGACAUCGGAACAGGUUAUCGUAGAGGAUGCUGUCGUCGACGUUGAAAUGGAGUAAAAGUAUAAUAAAACUAAAGCGAAUAGAAAAUACAGAUGAUAUUUUUUUAUGGAUAUCUACUUUAUUACACAAGUGUUUCCGUUUGUUCAUUCAAUCACGAACAAACUACAUUGUAGUCUGUUUGCUGAUCACAAUGUACAGUUCCCAAUCAUCGCCAUUUUACCAUUCAAAGAUAAUUAUGCGAGUACAUUCUGGUUUUUCUUUUUUUAUUCAUCGAGAAUAAUCGACAUCCGCUUGUUUAUCGGCGCUUGUCGAAUAAGCUAAAAAACUGAGAAAGUGAUACCUCACCCCAGCAAGAGGAUUUACUACAGCGA